CCCAUAGUAUAUAGCUGAGGUGCAACACGCGCCCUCGGCAAAGACCUCUGUCUGUUUUCCGCCCAGCCGUCAGUCAUACUGUCUUUUCGAAGCCCGUCGCCACUGUUAUCAAGAUGAAGUUUAUCACAGCUGUCACGUUUUUGGCUUCCACUGCUACGGCUCUGGAUUGGCUCCCCGUUGUGCCCCUUCACGCCCGUCAGGUCACCAGCGGAGCCAAGUACGAGUGCCACGAGAACUGCGGCUAUGCCAUUCUCGGAGCAGCUGAAGACAACUACUGUACCAACUCAACUUGGACGGACUACUUUGAGGGAUGUCUGCAGUGCGCCAACACAUUUGACAUCUGGCAAUACUACGGAGACGGCGUCACAGAAGCCGCGGACGGAUGUAACCUUGACGCGACACCUGUCACUGCAUCGAACAGCACGACGAACGCAACUACAACAGCCGGAACGUCUGGCACAGCUGGUGCCUCGUCUACUGCAUCUGCAACCGGCUCGAGCUCGUCUGCCACUUCGAGCACCGAUGCCAGUGCUGCAAAUAACAACCAGCCUGCUACAAUUGUUUUCGCAUUUGCUGCUGUUAUGGCUGCAACUCAGCUCUUGUGAGGGGACUGGAUAAUGUAUGAUAUCAUGAGAUGAUGAGAUGAGGCGACAGAAUUCGUGAUGACUAGUCAUAAGCAUGCACACGCUUCGAGAGAGAGAUGGAAGGUCCUGUGAAUAAGGUUCUUGGGAGACUCGAUAUGAGGUAUUCGUAUCACGAGGGAUGAGUCGUGGAUACUAGCGGGAACGUAGUUGAAUUGUGUUACGAGUAUGUCAUCAAUUAACGAGAGGUAUCUAAGUAUGAUAGACUACUACUUAUGCAUAAGGACUACCACGCCAC